AUGGCCUCGUCCGAAUUCAACCUCGAAAAGUCCGCGGCCACUCAUGUAGAGACCACCCUCGGCAGCGGCGCCAUCACCGAGGCCAAACAGGCCUCAGACGAAGAGCACUCGCAGACCCUCUUCCAGGCGCUCAGUGCCAAUCGGAAGGCCGUGAUGUGGUCCAUGCUCAUUUCUCUUUCGAUUGUCAUGGAAGGCUACGACAUAUCCUUGAUAGGCAAUUUCUAUGCCUAUCCACAAUUUGUCCGGAAAUAUGGCCAUGACUAUGGGGGCUCGGUGGGAUGGCAGGUCUCUGCGCCCUGGCAGUCUGCACUGAGUCUGUCUAGUACAGUUGGGACGAUAUUCGGCGGCCUAUUGAACGGUUACCUGACUUCGGUCGUCGGCUAUCGAUGGGUUAUGAUUACUGCUCUCGGCUUAAUAAACGGCUUGCUUUUUAUUGUCUUCUUUGCGCCUUCAGACGGAGUUCUAGUCGCCGGUGAACUUCUCUGUGGCUUGGCAUGGGGGGUCUUCGCUAUCGUCGGUCCUGCGUACGCGUCAGAAGUGUGUCCAACCAAUCUCCGUGGCUACCUCACAAUCUAUGUCAAUCUGUGCUGGGCAAUUGGCCAGUUUAUAGCUGCCGGCGUCGUGGAAGGGCUAGUAAAUGUGCAAAGUCAGUGGUCAUAUCGUGUCCCCUUUGCAGUACAAUGGGCAUGGCCGCUGCCCUUGAUGAUCGUCUGCUAUUUUGCUCCAGAAUCACCCUGGUAUCUGGUUCGACAUGAUCGUUUAGAAGAAGCAAAGCGCUCCUUACGGCGCCUUGCAGGAGACAAAACAGAAGACCAGAUCAAUGGUCAACUGGCAAUGAUAGUGCAUACGGCUAAGAUCGAGUCCUCAUUUGAGGAGGGGGCCAGUUAUUUGGAUUGCUUUCGAGGAACCGACCUGCGCCGCACUGAGAUCUGCUGCAUGGCGUUUUGCGGUCAGAUUCUGUCGGGCAGCACAUUUGCUUACUCACCGACUUAUUUCUUUACAACUGCAGGCAUGAACACCAGCCAUGCCUAUCAGCUGAACCUUGGCGAUACCGCCAUCGCAUUUGUCGGCACUAUUUGCUCCUGGUGGUUGAUCACCCACUUUGGCCGGCGCACACUUUACGUUACCGGACAGGGGAUCUUAUGUACGACAUUGUUUAUUGUUGGAAUCAUUAAUUGCGCCUCGAGCGCAACAGGGGCCGUGUGGGCAGAAGCCGGCUUGUGCAUAUUCUGGCUACUGGUGUACUCGCUCACCGUGGGACCGAUUGCCUAUGCUAUCGUUGCUGAAACUUCCUCAGUGCGUUUACGCAGUCUGACGGUCUCCGUGGCUCGAGUGACUUAUCAGAUUGUCAACGUUGUGAGCCAGGUUCUUGAGCCAUACUUCAUGAACCCAACCGCCUGGAAUGCCUCGGGCAAGACCGGGUUCUUUUGGGGUGGCACGGCGCUCUUGACCUUUAUAUGGGCCUACUUUCGUCUUCCAGAAGCAAAAGGUAGAACAUAUGAAGAGCUAGAUAUUCUAUUCGCUCGAAAAAUUAGUGCUAGGAAGUUUGCCUCUGAAGAAGUGGAUGCUUAUGCUAGUGAGCCGAUUGUCAGUACGAAGGAGUAG